AUGCGAUCGUCUCAAUGUUGUUGGGUGUUGAUAGUAUUGACAUUCAUUCUUUGCAUGUCGUUAGAGGUUCAAGCUCAGGUACAUCUUUAUGUGUCCACCUUUGGAAGCGACAGCAAUUCUGGAAAUUCCACAUCCUCACCUUUCGCUUCUCUCUCAAAAGCCGCAUCAACCAUAAUCACUCUUAAAAACACAGUCUACACAACCAACACGACCUUUUUUGUGAACAUCUUUCCAGGAACGUAUUUCUUGAACUCGACCGUAGUCAUUGCUCGACCCAAUCGAUUGAACGAUCAAUUUUCCCCAGUGAUUUGGAGACCUAUUCCAGCCAGUAACAGUGGGUGCAAACCCUUCCAUUUACAACAUACUUCCCUGAAUGCAAGAGGAAACGUCCUGCAAUGUAACUUGACACAAGCAGGAAUUAAAUCAAGUCAAAUCAUUGCAUUCAAAAAGCAUGGAUAUGUCUAUGGAUCUCCUAGCUCUGGAAAUGAAAUAUUCUUUCGAGGAUUUGCUCAAACCGUUGCUAGAUAUCCUAACAAACUCUCCACACAACCUGUCAAUGAUACAAGAGCGAUCCUCGAUCAAUACAUGAAUGUAGGAAAAUUGAAUGGAACCAACCAAUUCUAUUUCAACAGUACUUUGUGUCCAAACAAAGAUCGAUGGCCACUUGAAAAGUAUCCCUUUGCAUUUGGAUAUUGGAGAUAUGAUUGGGCAGAAGGCACUGAAAAUCUUCAAUCCAUAACCAGUGAUGGAAAGAUUACGUUUGUAGCAUCAGAAGUUCCUCCUUUUGGUUUGGCCAGCAAACAACGUUUCUUUUUAGUGAACUUUGUCAGUGAAUUGGACAUGCCAGGUGAAUAUGUGAUUCAGAAUGAGAUGGUUUACUAUUGGCCCCCUUCAUCGAUUCAAAACGAGGAUGACGUGACCAUUUCUUUAGCUGAUCAUUUAUUCUCAAUUUCUUCACAUGGACAAGUUUUUGAUUCUCUUGAUAUGGGUUGUACGAGAGGUUCUGCAAUUUCCUCACUCAACAAUAACUAUAUUACAGUGAACAAUUCGAUCAUCUCAAACACUGGAAGUAUUGGUGUCGCCUUAGAAGGAUGUAUUGGUUGCAAGAUUUUGAACAGUGAAGCCUAUUAUGUUGGUCAAGGAGCAUUUAAGCUCAAUGGAGGAAACCGUGUCAAUUUGCUACCUUCCAACUCGGUGGCGUUCAACAAUAUUAUUCAUAGUUUUUCUAGAAUUGGUAAAACAUAUCGACCUGCUUUUUCAAUUGCAGGUGUGGGUAUUACAGUCACUCAUAAUGAAAUAUUUAAUGCAGACCAUGUUGCUAUCCUGUUUGGAGGAAAUGAUCAUGAACUGUCCUAUAACAAGAUCUACGACGUCUGCAAAUCUACCGGUGAUUCUGGAGCCAUUUACAGAAUUCGAGGACCAGGAUUUUUAGGAACUACGGGAGUUUAUUUAGACGACAUGUUUUCAAGUGCAGCUGUGAUUGGAAAUGUAUUUUAUGAUUGCUAUCGAGGUGUUAUUGUCGGAGGUGGUCGUCACAAUCAAGUAUUCAAUAAUAUUUUCAUCAAUAACACUAUUGGAGUCAUGGCAGAUCCAAGAGGUUUGACUUGGGGAGAUAAGGAUUUAGAAAAUCAAAUGUGGAACAAGUUGUUUGCAAUGCCUUUUAAUAAUACUCUGUGGUCGAGUAGAUAUCCAGAGUUGGCAUCAAUACUUGAAAGAAAUCCAUUUGAACCAUUUGCUAAUUUCAUUCAUUACAACUUAUUCACUACUUCUCCUUCUGCAAUGGAUAUUAGACAGCCCUAUAUUUCGUUAUACAGUAAUUACACGAACAACACCUUCAAUGUACCGUUAACCUCGUUUGUGAACCCAACUGAUUUAAAUUUCAAUCUCGUUCCUGGAAAUGUCUAUGAAGCAAAUAAGGAGUUGUACAAUUUUGCCAAGAUUCCUUUCGACGAAAUUGGAACUGUGAAAAAAUCACGACCUCCUGCUCCGUUGCCUUCUCCAUUGCCUUCUCCAUCAUCGCCAGUGGUAAAACCAAGCAGUUCACAAACUAAACCAAGAGCUUCCGUGUCAGGAGUCACACAGAUUUCACCUUGGAAUCCUGUGGCAAUUCUUGUUUAUAUUUUAUUAUUAAGCAGUUUGGUUUUGGCAUAA